AAAAAAAAGCUCACAUCGUGUGGGACAUGUACUAGCCUACAACGCCUCUAAACUUAACUCUUCAGUGCCUCAUAAAAAGAAAAUGUAGUCUCUCUUUUUAUAACCACUUCUCGAAAACUGAAACCUUUGUAGAGAGAACUCAUAGUUCGAUAAAACAUUCUUUUUGCAACUGAGACUUGGCAACUUUGUUUUACUCAAAGUAAGGUUUCUUCUCGUUGAUGGUGAUAAGUAUAAUAUGAUGAAAAGUUUGGCUAGUGCGGUCGGAGGGAAGACGGCGAGGGCAUGUGAUAGCUGCGUGAAGAGGCGGGCACGUUGGUAUUGCGCAGCUGAUGAUGCCUUCCUUUGUCAUGCUUGUGACGGUUCGGUCCACUCGGCGAACCCUCUUGCUCGUAGGCACGAGAGGGUUCGUUUGAAGUCGGCUAGCUCCGGGAAGCAUCGCCAUGCUUCCUCCUCCUCACCGUCUCACCAAUCUACGUGGCAUCAGGGAUUUACACGUAAAGCUCGGACCCCACGUGGUGGCAAGAAGAGCCACACGAUGGUUUUUCAUGAUCUUGUGCCGGAGAUGAGCACAGAGAAUCAGGCGGAGAGCUACGAGGUGGAAGUGGAAGAGCAGCUCAUCUUCGAGGUGCCGGUGAUGAACCCGAUGGUUAAGGAGCAAUGCUUUCACCAGUCCGUGGAGACAAAGGUUGAGUUUCCGAUGAUGCCCUUAAGUUUCAAAUGCAGCGACGAAGAAGAUGAAGACAACGCUGAGAGUUGUCUGAAUGGUUUGUUCCCAACCGACAUGGAACUGGCUCAGUUCACAGCUGACGUGGAGACUCUACUCGGUGGAGGGAUGGAGCGAGAGUUUCAUUCCAUAGAAGAGCUAGGGUUAGGUGAGGUGUUAAAGAUCGAAAAAGAGGAGGUGGAGGAAGAGGAAGGAGUUGUGACAAGAGAAGUGUAUGAUCUAGAUGAGGCUGAGGAGACAUCUCCAUUUGAAAUAAGCUUUGACUACGAGUACGCACACAAGACGACAUAUGAAGAAGAAGAAGAAGAUGAGAAAGAAGAUGUGAUGAAGAAUAGAAUGGAUGUGGGAGUGAAUGAGAUGAGUGGUAGGAUUAAGGAAGAGAAUAAGGAGAAGGCUCUUAUGCUUAGAUUGGACUACGAAUCUGUGAUUUCCACUUGGAAUGGCCAAGGGAUCCCAUGGACCGACCGAGAGCCAUCUGAAAUUGACCUCGACAUGGUUUGUUGCCCAACCCAUUCCUUGGGUGAAAGUGGAGAAGCUCAUCAUCACAACCACUUCCGCGGCCUAGGGUUACACAUGGGAGAGGCUGGGGAUGGAGGAAGAGAGGCUAGGGUUUCGAGAUACCGAGAGAAAAGGAGGACAAGGUUGUUCUCCAAGAAGAUACGGUACGAGGUACGUAAAUUGAAUGCAGAGAAAAGGCCUCGCAUGAAAGGAAGGUUCGUGAAGAGAUCUUCAAUUGGUGUUGCUCUCUAAAGAAAACUAGUUAUGGAUAUUUAAUUACUCUGCUCUCUUCUUGCUUUGCUAGUUUUGGUGAUUUUUAGCCUUUUUUCCUGCAUUCAAAGAGAAUUUUUGCACGUUUUUGUGAGCUACGUAUGUACAUAUAUCACCAAAAAUGUGACUAUCUUGUAAACACUGAUCUAUAUAGUUGAUAUAACGUGAAUUUUGAUUAAUUGCUGGUAA